AUGCUGUAUCUACUAGCAAGCUUAUUGCUAAUUCCUUCAGUUAAGGCUACAUUCGGUGGUUGCUGCAGCGUGGCACUUCCACCACCGCCAUGUCCACAACCAGUAUGUGUGGCACCGCCACCACCACCACCGCUUCCCUGCCCUCCUCCACCAGUUUGUCCGCCACAGUUUUGUCCUCCUCCACCUAUAUGCCCUCCGCCACCACCACCUCCACCUCCUCCACUGUGCCCACCACCACCACCUCCGGUAUAUCAACCCCCUUGUCAAACAUACGUACCAGCACCUGUGUACCAGAACAUGACCACCGAUCCGACCAUUUCAAAGCGUGCCAUCCAGAAAGCAGCCGAAGAGAAGCUGUUCGGAAAAUUCAACGUAAUCUGCGCUAAAGGCGAUUUCACUUAUAUCGCUUAUACUGACACUUUUUGUCAAGCAUCCAAUGAGGACAUGUCGUGCUACGCCUUUAAACCUCUAUGA